AGCCGCCAUCUUAUAGCGGUAUCUCAGAGAGGAGCAGGGGCUCGAUUCAAUCGAAAAACACUAACGAAUUAUUUUUUUGCGCGGUAUAAUAUUGUCGGAGCUCUUUAUUUAGAUAUAAUUAGUUUUUUCUUUUAAUUAUAUUUUAAAAUAUACGUUUUAUUUUGACGCGGUUCUCUACAAAAUCUUUGAAGCCGGUGUGUGUGUGUCUCGCAUCGAGCCGGCUCUGAUUUUUUUUUUUUUUUUUUUUUUGCGCGGUCUGACCCGCUGGUCUUCGAGAGGAAGGAAAGUGUAUAACUGUAAACGCAAGUGCUGAGGGAUUUUGACUGGGUUUUGGUUAAAAUGAGGGGAGGUUCGUCGUAUGGGGACAGAGAUAGGCACCGAGGACGCGACAGAAGAACCAGAAUUCAAAACUCUAUUGUAAUUGUUUUAUAAGUAUUCCCCCCUGUCCAUGGAUCAGAAGGGAUUACCAGCCCACCAAAGUCCCCGUUUUGGAUCCAGCCGAAGUGGGUCAAAGUUUGGGAACCCAGGGGAGCGUCUGCGGAAAAAGAAAUGGGAUCUGGAUGAGUUGCCCAAGUUUGAGAAGAACUUUUAUACCGAGCAUCCAGAGGUGCAACGAAUGAGCCAGUAUGAAGUGGAGGAAUUCCGACGGAAGAAGGAGAUCACAAUAAAGGGCUCUGGAUGCCCCAAGCCCGUUACCAGCUUUAGCCAGGCACAGUUCCCCCAGUAUGUGAUGGAUGUGCUGAUGCAGCAAAACUUCAAGGAACCAACAGCUAUCCAGGCCCAAGGUUUUCCCCUUGCACUAAGUGGGAGGGAUAUGGUGGGAAUUGCACAGACAGGUUCGGGGAAAACGCUUUCGUAUCUUCUGCCUGCCAUUGUGCACAUCAACCACCAGCCGUACCUAGAACGAGGAGAUGGACCCAUCUGCCUGGUUCUGGCUCCCACACGAGAACUGGCCCAGCAGGUGCAGCAGGUGGCCUAUGACUAUGGCAAAUCGUCUCGCAUCAAAAGCACCUGCGUCUAUGGUGGUGCACCAAAAGGACCACAGAUCCGGGAUCUAGAGAGAGGGGUUGAGAUCUGCAUUGCUACUCCUGGGCGUCUAAUCGACUUCCUUGAGGCUGGAAAGACCAACCUGCGACGUUGUACUUACCUGGUGCUGGAUGAGGCUGACCGCAUGCUGGACAUGGGUUUUGAGCCUCAGAUCCGCAAGAUCGUUGAACAGAUCCGGCCUGACCGGCAGACCCUGAUGUGGAGUGCCACCUGGCCAAAAGAAGUGCAGAGGCUUGCUGAGGACUUCUUGCGUGACUAUGUGCAGAUCAACGUGGGGGCCUUGGAGCUGAGUGCCAACCAUAAUAUACUCCAGAUUGUGGAUGUCUGCAUGGAGAGUGAAAAGGAUAAUAAGCUGCUUCAGCUGAUGGAAGAAAUCAUGGCUGAGAAAGAGAACAAGACCAUAAUCUUUGUUGAGACAAAGAAGCGCUGUGAUGACCUGACCCGCCGAAUGAGGAGAGAUGGUUGGCCAGCAAUGUGUAUCCAUGGUGACAAAAGCCAGCCAGAACGAGACUGGGUCUUGACAGAAUUCCGUAGUGGCAAAGCUCCAAUUCUUAUUGCUACGGACGUCGCCUCCCGUGGUUUGGAUGUGGAGGAUGUUAAAUUUGUCAUCAACUACGACUACCCCAAUUCUUCGGAGGACUAUAUCCAUCGGAUUGGGCGCACAGCGCGCAGCACCAACAAGGGCACAGCCUACACCUUCUUCACCCCCGGAAACCUGCGGCAGGCACGAGAGCUCAUCCGUGUCCUGGAGGAGGCCCGGCAGGCCAUUAAUCCCAAGCUUUUGCAGCUGGUCGACUCUGGACGAGGUGGUGGAGGUGGAGGGGGCGGUCGCUCUCGCUUCCGUGGCAGUGGUUCCAACUCUAACAACCCCAACUUGAUGUACCAGGAGGAGUGUGAACGACGAAUGCGCAGUGUUGGUGGGGGUGACAAGGACAGCAGAGGUGGCACAGCAAACAGCAGCAGCUUUAGUCGAGAUGGGAGAGGUGGCGGUGGGAGUCGGGAUGGGGACAGGUCUUCCUCCUCUUCAUCCUCGUCCUACAGGGAUAGGAGCAGCAGUAGCCGAAGUGGGGGCAACUAUGGAACAGGUUCCAAUUCCAGCUCCUCUUUUGGAGGUGUAGGGGACCAGUAUCAAGGUUACAGUGGGAGCAGUGGCAGUGGGAGCAGCCAGUAUAACUCCAGGGCAAGUUCCCAGUCAGGAUCAGCCACUUCUUCUGGUGGCAGUGGGGGGACACAAGAGUCUACAGGUCAGCAGCAGGGGCAGUUUGGUAGGGCUGGCCAGCCUCCGCCACCAGCAGGGCCCCAGCCGCUGAUGGCCCAGCAGUUUUCCCCUCCCCAGCCUAUGAUGGGAUUCAUGGGACAGGCUGCCUACCCCUUUGCUCCACCACCACCUCCUCCCCCUCCACCUCCUAGGAAGUAAAGACACGGUAACCUCUAGUAUCCAACAUCAGUCACAAAACUGUGGUUCUCAAUCCCAGUCAGUGGACAAAUUAAGUUUUUAGUUAGGACUAGGGAUUAGGAAGAUUAGGAUUUUUUUUUUUCUUUUUGGGAGGGGGGGUAUUCAAGGAUAUAAAAGCUUGUCCUUAUUCUAACUCUGUGGACAAACAGCAGUUGCUGUUUGUGAAACAAGGUGGUUGUGCUCUUUUUCAGCUACAUCUUCUUUCCCCUCAAAUUUUUGUUUUACUGAGCCGUACCACAGUGACUUGCUCAGAGAUUUUUACAAUACUGUUGGUGUUUAGUACUGUAACGUGUAUCAUACGUCUAUCCCUCAGGUGCAUAGUCUGCCCCAGCACUACAGAAGCCAGUCUGAUCAUAAAAGGCCUUUUAGAUUGACUGACUCUUCACAAAGUAGGAUAAACCGGUUCAAGAAGCUUGAAUAGUUUGAAGCCUGGAUUUCUCGUUUCUAGCAGUUGCAUGCUUGUCCCAUUAUAGGGCUGUGCAGAAAAGUCAAACUUUGUGCAUCCCUAAGUGUAAACUUUUUUUUUUUUUUUAAAAUCUCUUGCUGCAUCUUCACCCUCUAUUUGUGACUAACUUCAAAUUAAUACUGCUAUGUAGCUUUAUUGUCACCAAAUUUUGAUUUAUUUAAAUUUGGGUUUUUCUUCAACUCUCAAAUAAGGUAGUUAAACAGCUGUUAUGCAGUGUUUUUUUUUUUUUGCUGUAACAUUCCUCAAGCAAGGCUUCUGGUAUUGCUCAUUGCAUUUUCGUUUAUGGAAGAGGUAGGUGAGAAACUAUUUCUUUUAUUAGGUUGCGUAUAUGCAUUCCGUUAGUUUGGAAAUUUAUUUUACUCAUAGCUUUAAGUGUAUCAAUCUUGUGCUCAUUCCUUUUUAUGGUAAGAAAUGCAAAACAAAAAAUGGGGUGGUUUAUAAAAAAUGUUUUUUGUAAAAUAUAAAUUGAUAAUUUUCUGGGUGUCCAUUUAUAUUAUGCCUCUAAAUGAGAUGACAGACUUGAGUUUAAAAAAAGAGCCUGAAAACUUGUAUGGGGAAAAUUAAUUGUACAAAUUCUUUACAUCUGAGCUUAACUGUGGUUAUUUUGUUGUAAGUAGCUUCUAUACGUUUAUAGUUACAAAAAAAUUGGAGGUUAUUUGUAGUUAGGUUUAAAUGUUAAAUUGGGUAGUCUUGUCCCAUUCUUGUUCUUCUCCUGGAGAUUGUGCCACAUCUAGCCAUUACGCUAUACUUUUAUACUGUACUGUUUUGCUUUCCAGGUUUCAGUAAAGAUUUUGAACAUGCAGAA